AUCCCCGUCGCCAUCGCCAUGGGGCUGCUGUCGCAGGGCUCGCCGCUGAGCUGGGAGCAGACGCGGCGGCACGCGGCGCACGUGCGCGCGCACGGCAUCCUCCAGUUCCUGCACAUCUACCGCGCGCUGCGCGACCGACACAAGGACGUGCUCAAGUGGGGCGACGAGGUGGAAUAUAUGCUAGUGAAAUUUGACCACGAGAAUAAGAAGGUUCGCUUGGUGCUCUGUGGUGAAGAAGUUCUUCAAACACUGCAAGACAAAGGGGAGAAGGUAAACCCCAAUCACCCAACRCUCUGGCGCCCAGAGUACGGAAGCUAUAUGAUUGAAGGGACUCCUGGGCAGCCCUAUGGGGGCACCAUGUCGGAAUUCAAUACCGUGCAAGACAACAUGAGGAAAAGAAGGCAAGAGGCUGCUUCUGUGCUUAAAGAAAACGAGGCCGUUUGCACCGUGACGUCCUUUCCAAGGUUGGGGUGUCCUGGAUUUACCCUGCCGGAGUAUAAGCCAACACCAGUAGAAGGAGGAGCUUCAAAAUCCCUGUUUUUUCCAGAUGAAGCCAUCAAUAAACAUCCUAGAUUUAGUACACUGACCAGAAAUAUCCGGCACCGAAGAGGAGAGAAGGUUGUGAUAAAUGUACCAAUCUUUAAAGAUAAGAACACACCAUCCCCAUUUAUAGAAACAUUUCCUAAUGAUGAUGGAGAAGCAGCAAGAGCAGCUAAACCCGACUAUAUAUAUAUGGACGCUAUGGGGUUUGGAAUGGGAAACUGCUGUCUUCAGGUAACAUUCCAGGCUUGCAGCAUCUCUGAAGCGAGAUACCUCUAUGAUCAGCUAGCCACUAUCUGUCCAAUUGUGAUGGCCCUGAGCGCCGCCGCUCCCUUCUACAGAGGCUACGUGUCCGAUAUCGACUGUCGCUGGGGAGUCAUCUCGGCCUCUGUCGAUGAUCGAACGCGAGAGGAGAGGGGGCUGGAGCCACUGAAGAACAACCAUUAUAGAAUCAGUAAAUCCAGAUAUGAUUCCAUAGACAGUUAUCUAUCUGAAUGUGGUGAGAAAUACAAUGACAUUGAUUUGACAAUAGACAAAGAUAUCUACGAGCACCUGAUAAAGGAAGGUAUUGAUCACCUCUUGGCACAGCACAUUGCACACUUGUUCAUUCGAGACCCACUGACUUUGUUUGAGGAGAAAAUACACCUAGAUGAUGCGAAUGAAUCUGACCAUUUUGAGAAUAUUCAGUCUACGAACUGGCAGACCAUGAGAUUUAAACCACCUCCUCCAAAUUCCGAUAUCGGGUGGCGCGUGGAAUUCAGGCCUAUGGAGGUCCAGUUAACAGACUUUGAAAACUCGGCUUAUGUUGUGUUUGUGGUACUGCUCACCAGAGUGAUUCUGUCGUAUAAACUGGAUUUCCUCAUUCCUUUGUCCAAGGUGGAUGAGAACAUGAAGGAGGCCCAGAAAAGAGAUGCAGUCCGGCAGGGGAAGUUUUACUUCAGGAAGGAUAUUUGUAAAGGUGGCAACGCCGUGGUGGACGGCUGUGGCUCGGCGCAGAACGGCACGGACACGGAGGAGUACGCCCUCAUGAGCAUCGACACCAUCAUCAACGGGAAGGAAGGAUUCUUUCCUGGUUUGAUCCCRAUUUUGAACUCUUACCUUGAGAACAUGGAAGUGGAUGUGGACACAAGAUGCACCAUCCUAAACUACCUGAAGUUAAUAAAGAAGAGAGCAUCUGGAGAGUUGAUGACGGUGGCCCGAUGGAUGAGGGAAUUCAUCGCGCAGCAUCCAGACUACAAGCAAGACAGCGUGAUAACUGAUGAGAUGAAUUACAGCCUUAUCUGGAAAUGCAACCAGAUUGCACAAGGCCAGGCCGAAUGUCCGGAGCUCCUGGGAGUGGGAUUUAACAAGAAGCCAAGUGGAAGCAAGACUGGCUCUUCGUAAUGAAUGUGUCUUACACAGGAGGAAGUUGUAAGCGUUUUAGCAAAGCACUAGCAAGGGUACUGUGAAUCUGGCACAGCUUCAUGGUGUGAAGACCAAAACAGGUGAUACUGCACUAUAAAAUGGGCCAAUCUGCCUGAAUAUUCAUUUAAGGCGUCCUAGGGUGGGCAUAUUCUUUAUUGUUAAGGUUUAUACAAUGUACAUGUAAAUAGUAAAAUAUUUUUAUGAUUAACAUCAAUGUAUUUUAAUAACAUUGUAUCUAAAGUUAUUGUGAAUUAGCUUGUAACUUUUAUAURCUUAUUCUAGAAAGAAAAAAAUUGUCCUGAACAGCUUUGUAAAUGUAAUGGUACUUGUAUAUUAUAUGCAUUCCAGUUACCGAAUGUUUACUGUAAUUUUUCUAACCUGGAAUGUGCUAAGUAAUCUUCCUUAUUGUGUAUUUAAAAAAAAAAAAAAAGCCUUCUGGAUCUACCCAGUUCAUGGAGGCUGGAGGCUUCUGCCUCUCAUUCUGAUUUUGAAAGUAUAUAAGACUAUGUGAAUGCAUGUGCAGUCUGUUUGUUAAUCUUUCCAGCAGUUUCCAGCUGCCACAGGACCUGCAUCCCUUCGCCAGCUGCCCAGCUGGGAGGAACUGGUCUCUGCAUUCAGAUAACGCAAGUGCAUCUGUCUCCUGAUAAAUUUAGUCUUAGGAAAGAGUUGCCCUAUUCUUUAUGUAACCUGCAGUUCCUGCAUAUAAAAUAAGAAGUCACAACAUAAAAGUAUGGUCUCCCYGAUGCAUGGUUGCCCUUUUCCCCCUCUCAAGUCAAAACGCUGUCAUAGUUUGAAAAAUUGCCCAAGUAAUAUGUGAUUUUUAAAAAGCUGCAAGGGGCGAAGGAGGAAAGAGGAGGGAAUCAGAGCUGUGAGACGGAUCUCUUUCCAAAGGACUGGGAGAGACCUGCCCUGCUCUGUGGUGCUCCGUAACUGCUCUUUUGCCCCCCUUUCUGCUGGUGAGUCAAAAAUGAGUGCAGCACAAAAGCAAGGACCUGCAGAUGCUUUCUGAAGGUUGAGUUUCUCCUUUGCUCUURUUAUUUUAAGUAUCUUUGUCAGCAUGUUUGUUUCCUCUAAGGUACUCGAUGUAGAGAGCUGAGGUACCUUCAGAGCUGCAGGUAGGGGCAACCUAAUCCCCUUUGGAAAACUGAUCAUGGAGUGCACUGAUCCUUUAGAGUCAGUGCUGGGAGUGAUUGUGAAGUAUUUUAAAAGUAGCCAUUGCAGCUGUAAAUAAAGCAAAUUUAUGGGGCCUUUUUAAUUUAGCUUCUUAACUGGCUUCAGAAAUGAAUUGUGUUAUGGGUAGAUUAUGCAAAGCUUCCUGCAAGACAAGUAUCAUACUCAUAAGUAUCUUAAGAUGUAAUAAUUUUUUAAAAGAACUAAUGGAGAAAACUGCAGCGCAGGUGCGUUAAGAGGAAGCUUUUCUGUACUGACAUUAGGCUUUGUGCUGUGUCCCCAGGUGUGCGUUAGAGAAUAAAAGAAUGCUUUUU